AUGUCUGCUAUUAUGGAUAAUUCUUUUUGGUGUCUCGGUGAUAGUAACUCAAUUAAUGUUUGGUUCGAUAAUUGGUGUGGUUCUCAUUUUUCUCUUGACAUUGAAGCUCCGAAUUGGAUUGAAGAUCAUAAAGUCAACUACAUCAUCGUCAAUGGAAAAUGUUAUAAGGUUAUUAUACGUCUUUCAAAAGCCUAUAAUAUUAUUGAGGUUAUUUGGCAGCCUCCUCCAAGAAAUUGGAUAAAAUUGAACUGUAAUGGAGCUUCUAUUUCUCCUUCGGGGAUUUUAGCUUGUGGUGGCAUUGCUAGAGACAAUGACAAUAGUUUUUUGGGAACAUUUGCUUCGUGUUUGGGUGUGGAGAAUUCUCUCAUUACCAAACUCUCGGGUGCUAUUUUAGUAAUUGAGUUUGCUUAUGAGAAGUAUUGA